UUUUUUUUUUUCCUGACAACAAUCUUUUAUACGCAUGUCGCGGUCAUUCUUUUAUACGCGUAAAAUAACCAUGUUCUAUCUAAUUUAUUCAGCUCAAUUUAACUCAUCCGUGACUGAUCCGUGACGUGAACAAUUACGCGUAAAAAGAUCAUGUUCCGCUUAAUUUAUUCAGUUUAUUCGCAUCAUAGGUGAGUUUUCCUCUACGACAGAUUGAAACUUCAACAUGAGCGGCGUCAAGAAGAAGAGCAAUCAUUUGGCAAUAUUUAAGCAGCGCACUAAAAACGACGAUAAUGCCGAACUGUCGAAAAGUGUUAUUAUACGAGCGAGAAAGACGGGACAAUUGAAUCUGUCGUCGAAAGGAUUGUCUACGGUACCUGACAGAAUAUGGAGUAUAAACGAUUUAACGGAAGAGGAAUUACGCGAUUUACAUUUUGAACUUGAUUAUGAACAUAAAGAAGAGCGAUGGUGGGAACAAGAACCAUUAAAAGUUUUAGAUCUCAGUUCCAACAGUUUAACUGUAAUAGAUGACAAAAUACGAUUUCUAACAGAACUGAGUAAUUUAAAUCUGCACAACAAUUUACUGGAAGAACUACCACCUGUGAUUGGGUUUCUGCAAAAAUUAAAAGUGCUAAAUUUAUCAGAUAAUAAGCUAGAAAAUUUACCUCCUCAAUUUUAUAUGUUGGAAGAAUUAUGUGAAUUAUACAUAAAGAGUAAUCACAUAAGUAUACUUGAUCCUGAGAUUGGGAAUUUAAUUAUGUUAACUUGUAUGGAUUUAUCAUAUAAUAAUUUAAGUAAAUUACCUAUUGGAAUGGGAUAUUUGGUGCGAUUAGUUACAUUAAAUUUAAGUCACAAUCUGAUUAAAGAGUUACCAUCUGAUAUAACGAGUAUGAGAUCGUUAAAAAUACUUGAUGUGAGCUUUAAUCAGUUGGAGAUAUUACCACCGUUAGGUGAAUUGCGAAAAGCAGAGAAAAUUAUGUUGCAGUCCAACAAUUUGAAGAAAUUUCCAGACAUAUCAGGUUGUUCAGCUUUAACAGUAUUGCAUUUGGAUAACAAUAACAUUCCUGAGAUUGAUUCGCAAUGCUUAGAAACAGCAGGACAUUUAAAAAAGUUUACAUUACAAAACAAUAAAAUUGAAGUAAUACCUGAAGAGAUAAUCAAAUUAAUAAAUUUGGAAGUUUUUGAUUUGUCACAUAACAAUGUAUCUUUAGUACCUUUCUGCAUCGGCAUAUUGCCCAAUCUAAAACAGUUCGUAAUUAAAGGGAAUAAUAUAAAAAAUAUAAGAGCAGAUGUAAUCCGAUGUGGUACACCUCGAAUCUUGACACACAUACGUCAGAUUACAGAUAGUACAAAUAUAAAUACCAGAGAAUUAUUACAAUCUAAUACCAGUAUUAGUAUUUACCCUGAUAAAUAUAUGAUGAAGAAUACAAAACUACUAAGCUUAGCUGGGCAAAAUCUUCUGGAUUUACCGGAAGAAGUCUUAGAAAAUGCAGCUGAAGCCUCUGUCACGACCAUUGAUUUAAGUAGAAACAAACUAUCAGAAUUAUCUGACAAAAUGUCAGUAGUAACUACAGUGAUAGACCUGAAAUUAACUUCAAAUCAUUUAACACACUUACCUGAGUGGAUUGGUGAAAAGUACAAAUAUCUGCAAGUUUUAGACAUAAGUAAAAAUUACUUGAAAUCUUUACCAUUGAGCAUUAGUUGCUUAAAAUAUUUGCAAGAUGUUGAUCUUUCAUUCAACAGAUUUAUUGACAUACCAGAAGCCAUUUAUGAUGUUGUAUCUUUGGAAAAUUUAAUUGCCAAUAAUAACGUAAUUGCAACAAUAGACGUUUCAUCUUUAGAAAAAUUGAAAAGGCUAGCAACUUUAAAUCUGGCAAAUAAUAACAUUGCUCAUGUACCACCUGAACUUGGUAACUUGAAAAACCUCAGGAAUCUAUCAUUGUCUGGAAACUGUUUCAAAUAUCCUAGACAAGCAAUUUUAAUGAAAGAUACAGAGGAAAUACUAAGCUACCUACGCAAUUUAAUACCUCAAUAAGGAAAUAAAAUAGCGUAUAAAAAAAUUUUAUUAAUCUGCAAGUUUAUUUUUAACAAUAAUGUUAUAUGUAAUUUGAAAUUAUAUGAUACGUGAGUAAAUGUGUGUAUGUACAAUAUAAAUUUGCAAGAAGUGAAAUGUCGUUCAGUCAAAUGUACUAAACUAUAGUAAUAGUG